AAAAAUCAAAAAAGUUGUCUGAAAAAAAGACGACCUUUCAAAUAUAUACCCCUCAAUUCCACACGACUUGAAAGAACAUUCCUUUGUAAAAAAAUCAAAAAAUCAAAAAUCAAAAUGAAAUUCAAGCUUUUCUACCUUUUCUUCAUCUUGGCUAUUUUUGCUACUGUUACUUUAGCACUUGACGAUCAUUUAGUAAAACGUAAAGGGAAUGAUGAGAAAGAUGUUGAAGCCAAAUUUUUGCCUGCUAUUCUUAUCAAUCUUGCUAGGAGAUUUGGCGCCUCUCUUGUUGCAAAGUGUCGUGCUAAUUCUUGUCGUGGUAGAUGUCCUGAUCUACUUUGCAAAGCUCCUAAGCUGUCUUGUUGUAACCUGGCAUGCAAAAUCGGAAUUGGUGCUCGCAUUCCUCGUGUCGGCGGUCGGUGUUAAAUAAUGGAAAACCCUUAGAAAUUCACAUACUUAAUUAUAUACUUUAUAUUAGAGGGUUAACGAUUCAAAAUAAAUAUGACUUUCUCUUUUCUAUUUCCUUCUUAAUCUCAAUAAUAAUAAUAUACCUUUGUUUUUUUGGUUUAACACCAUUUAGACGUAGUUUGUUUUUAGUAAAUUUUAUUAGUGUUAUUUAUGUAUCCCUAGAUCAUUUACAUGAUAUAAAUCAUACUAAUAAAUAAUUAUUUUAUUUAUACUAAUAAUAUU